AUGAGAAUAGCUCUAUUCCAAUAAACCAGAAUGAACCUCAUGGAUAUCGCCAAGAUCUUCUCUCUUCUGCAACCAGAAAAAGAGGAGGAUGAUGCCGACACGGGCGAAAAGCAGGCUCUCAAUCAAGCUGUAUAUGACAAUGACUCUUGUACCCUGGACCACCUUCUACACCAGGAACGUUAUAAACGUUUCAUCAACAGCAGGAGUGGCUGGGGUAUACCUGGAACACCCUUGCGCUUGGCAGCCUCUUAUGGUCACUUAAAUUGUGUGAAGGUCCUCCUGGAACAUGGUGCUGAUGUAGAUAGCUUGGAUGUCAAAGCACAAACACCACUUUUCACUGCAGUUAGUCACGGUCAUCUGGAGUGUGUGAGAAUACUUUUAGAAGCUGGUGCCUGUCCUAGUGGUAGCAUCUACAACAAUUGCUCUCCUGUUCUCACUGCCUCACGUGAUGGGGCCUUUGCCAUCUUACAGGAGCUCCUAGGGCAUGGUGCAGAGGCUAAUGUCAAGGCGAAACUGCCAGUCUGGGCAUCAAACAUAGCUUCAUGUUCUGGCCCCCUCUAUUUGGCUGCAGUCUAUGGUCAUCUCGAUUGUUUCCGCCUGCUUUUGCUCUAUGGGGCAGAUCCUGAUUACAACUGUAUCGACCAGGCCCUCUUAAGUAGAGUUCCACAGCCUCGCACACUCCUUGAAAUCUGCCUUCAUCAUAAUUGUCAGCCAGAGUACAUACAGCUUUUAAUAGAUUUUGGAGCGAACAUCUACCUUCCAUCUCUACCUUUGGACCCAUCUCAAGAUGAUAAAGGCAUCAAGUUGCUGCUACAAGCCCGAGCUACUCCACGGUCACUCCUGUCCCAGGCCCGCUUAGUUAUCCGCAGAUCCCUGUGCCGGGCCAACCAGCCACAAGCCAUCGACCAGUUGGAUAUCCCCCCUGUGUUGAUUAGCUACCUCAAGCAUCAAUAA